CAACAAUUUAUUUGAACAAUUGAAUGAACAAGAAUGACAUCUUGUCAGCAGUUUGGAAAUGGAGGUGUCAAAUUAUAAAGUAAUUUGUGAAACGUAAAACAUGGAAAAUCCAUGUAAACAACAUAUAGAAGAAAAACACUACACCUAUCCCCGAAUUGCCGAAACCAAUAUUAAAAACGAAAAUGGGAGGGCCGAAGUUAGACAGGUAGACUGCGGCAAGAAAAAAAAUGGGUUCGGAUUUUUACGGAAGUCUGCCGAGGACGAUGAGCCUCCAAAGCCACCGUUGUUGGAAAUGUCUCCACCACCAUACUCCGAUUUGGGCAAAAGGGCCAAAGAUGUCUUCAACAAGGGCUACCACUUCGGUCUCAUCAAACUGGACUGCAAAACCAAAACCGGCGGCGGAGUGGAAUUCAACACCGGUGGUACUUCCAACCAAGAAUCUGGAAAGGUGUCUGGUUCCUUAGAAACCAAAUACAAAGUCAAAGACUAUGGACUAACGUUCACCGAAAAGUGGAACACCGACAAUACUCUGGGCACUGAAAUUGCUGUCCAAGAUCAACUUUUGAAAGGUCUCAAGGUGUCUGGUGAUGUCAGCUUUUCACCUCAAACUGGAUACAAAUCCGGUCGUGUAAAGACUGCUUUCGUCAACGAAAGAGUAGCAGCUAACGCAGACGUUGACUUGGAUACAAACGGUCCCGUUGUGAGCGCAUCAGCAGUUGUCGGCCAUCAGGGUUGGUUGGCAGGUUACCAGGCUGCUUUCGACAGCCAAAAAUCUAAACUAACUAAAAGCAAUUUUGCAUUGGGAUUCUCUACUGGAGAUUUUGUACUGCAUACCAGUGUUGAACAUGACAGUGAGGACGGCCAAGAAUUUGGCGGUUCCAUCUAUCAGAAAAUCAGUCCCAAACUGGAAUCCGGUAUUCAACUGGCAUGGUCCGCAGGCAGCAACAACACCAAGUUCGGCAUUGGUGCCAAGUACGACCUUGAUCAGGAUGCAGCUCUUCGUGCUAAAAUCAACAAUGCCAGCCAGAUCGGUUUGGGAUACCAACAACGUUUACGUGAAGGUGUCACCCUUACUCUGUCCGCCCUCAUCGACGGGAAGAAUUUCAACAAUGGAGGCCACAAGAUCGGGUUAGCUCUCGAACUGGAGGCUUAGUCGAAAUACACCCUGUUCCAUAUUGUAUUAGCGCCGCCACGUCUUGAAACCUGCUGUAUUGUAGAUAUAUAUUUGUUUUAAAGGGACCUUUAGAAUUAACUUUCCCAUUUGUUCUUAUUUCAUUAUUCAGAAAUUAUGGUUUUUUACACAUGUAUAUAAUUUCAUUGGUAAUGAACGAUGUAUGCUUUCUCUCCCAAAAUAUUUGAAUAUAUUUAGGAGCAUUUCGUUUUGCCACCACAUUCAUUAUAUGUCGAUUUUUUCGAAAGGGUAACGGGCUACAUUUACUUGCGUAGGUAUCUCAAUUAGUUUCUCGGAACUUUGGCCGUCACACCUGCAGGAAAGUAUUCAAAUGUGUAUUGUGAACUGAAACAUCAAGACAAGAAUAUAUUAUACAGUUUA